UCAUUGUCUAUGGUGACGUAGUGAGGUGGUGAAGAGCUUUGUCGCCAGCAUAAAAUCGUACCAAGCAAUCCCUAAAGAUUAUUUAGAAAAGUGAAGUGCUUCGAUAUAAAAACGGAUUACUCUCAUCACUUUAGUUUCGGUGAAUCUGAAUAAUGUUGGAUCCAAUGGACACUAUCGACAUGAAAUCGUGUCGAAUAUGCCUGACAAACAAAAAACCACUAUGUCCUCUAUUCAGAUAUAAAUUGUCCGGUAAUUAUGCUGAAAUGCUAACAGCGAUUGCCGAUGUUAAGGUUUCUUCUAAUGAUGGCUUGCCUGAAAAGAUUUGCCUCAAAUGCUGCACCACUUUGGAGAAAGCAUACCUACUUAAGACAGUGGCUGAAAGGUCUGAUAAGAAACUGAGAAAAAUACUAGCGAGGGCAAAAGAACAUGUUCCAACAAAGAAAAUUGCCUUUGAUUCUUUUACUGAUAUUAAAAGUGAAAUUGGACCUCUGACAAUAAAAUCUGAGCCAAAAUGGGAAAUGGAAUUAGAUAUGAUGCCAGAAGGAGGCAAACCAGUGGAAACUAUGGAUGGUAAAGAUAUUGUUAUUGCAAAUACAGUCAUAAGGAAAGUUGAUCCUGAUGCUGAAGAAAUUAAACUUGAUGAUUCCGAUGAUGUGCAGCUUACUUGGAGGACAAUAAAAACUAGUUAUCCUACCAAAAGUGAUCCAGACGCUGAAUAUUUAGAUGAUGAUGUGUUUCACGAUGAUGACGAUGAUGAUUAUGUGCCUACUGUAGAAAAGACUAAAACUAAAUUUAAGAAACCAAAACUGUCAGAUAUCAAAGUGUUCAAAGGCAAAACUGUUCUAAGGAAAGUAAAAGUAUUGAAAAAAUUUAAAGAUGAGUAUGACAAUGAUUCUCCCCGAUCCAGGGAUGAAAAUAAAACAAGAUCAACAACGAUUACUUGCUAUCCGAUCAUGAAGAAUGGUUCCAGAGGAUCUCCUAUACUUCUAAAGAGACCAAAAGAUGCCACUGUAUUAAAAGUUCAUGCAGGAUAUAAGUCAAAAACUCCAGGAUCAUCGUCAUCACGUGAAAGCACAGUUUCACGAAGAGAUAAACCUGUUAGAAUGGUUCGUACUGCGGUCACCAAGCAACGUGAGAAGCUGGUUUGCCCUGUCUGUGGUAUACUUACUUACACUUUGGGCAAUCAUAUAGCUACACAUCAAGAGAAAAAGAGAUACACAUGUACUCAAUGCCCAAGGUCAUUUGCACAGAAGAGUAACUUGCUGGUCCAUGCUAAACAACAUACAGGAAUCAAAGACCACAUUUGUGAAAUAUGUGGAGCUGGUUUUUACAGCCAGAAGUCAUUGGUUAGGCAUAACCUUAUUCAUAAAGGAGAGAGACCCUUCUCCUGCAAUUUGUGUACUAAGAGAUUCAUUGCUGUGGCAGGCCUGCGCCGCCAUAUGGCGAUACAUACCGGAGAAAAACGGUUCAUCUGUGGCUUCUGCAAUAAAAAAUUCACCCAAAGCCACCAUCUGCAGAAUCAUUUGAUUACCCACACUGGCGAUAGGCCUUAUUCUUGCGAGGUCUGCAAUGUUGCAUUCAGUUACAAAGUGAACUUAAAUAACCACGUGUUCAAAGUGCAUGGUGUCAACCUGAAAUUCAAGUCUAUUCAUACAGUGACUGAGGAUGUGUUGCGAAGGGAGAUGGGCAUGUUAAAUGAAACAAGGGUCGCUAUAUCCCAUAUUAUGCCGCAGUUAGGCGAAGUACCGACCCCCGCCGCGCAUGAAACUGUACUCUCAUUGUCCUGAUUUGAAAACCAAAAAGAGUAUCCAUAAUAAUAUAUCGUCAGCCGUGAGUGACAAGCUUUUAUUUUAACAUCUUAUUUUCAUGUUGAUUAGUGUCGAAUGCAAUUAUGAGGUGUAAAAUGCAAGAUUUAUGUUUUAAUUACUUUAAUUGUAAUACAUGCCUACAUACUUAGAUUUUUAAUAACUUCCCUGACCCAUGAGAUAUAUGCCGAUUCUUUAAUUAUUAUGUCUGCAUCGUGGACAGUGAAGUGGUUAAAAAAAAAUACUAGAAAUGUUUUCACAAAUUGUAUAUAGUCUUUGUUAAUACUUAAUUAAAAUAAGUUUUGACAUUAAAA